AGUACACAAAGCCUGUGGGGGAGAUCUAUUGACUCUAUAGAUAUAUUAGCAUCAGGGAGACAGGGCAAAGGUUCCACCCUUCAGCUCAGUCCCCAAUCCCUGCUUAUUAUUUCCCUAACAGAAGACCAUCCCCCUUGCCACUCCCUGGGUUUUCUUCUCUGGCAGCAAUGAAGCAGCUGCUGAGCCAGCUCUGGUUUUCGGGAAGUCAGAUGACCUUUUCCCUCCCGCGGCUCUCUGCCUCUCGCUGUCCCUAGGGAGGACACCAUGGACCCACUGAUGGUUCUUUUUUGCCUGCUGUUCCUGUACCCAGGUCCGGCAGACUUGGCUACCUCCUGCCCUCAGAACGUGAAUAUCUCUGGUGGCACCUUCACCCUCAGCCAUGGCUGGGCCCCUGGGAGCCUUCUCAUCUACUCCUGUCCCCAGGGCCUGUACCCAUCCCCAACAUCACGGCUGUGCAAGAGCAGCGGACAGUGGCAGACCCCAAGAGCCACCCGGUCUCUGACUAAGGCGGUCUGCAAACCUGUGCGCUGUCCAGCCCCUGUCUCCUUUGAGAAUGGCAUUUAUACCCCACGGCUGGGGUCCUACCCCGUGGGUGGCAAUGUGAGCUUCGAGUGUGAGGAUGGCUUCAUAUUGCGGGGCUCGCCUGUGCGUCAGUGUCGCCCCAACGGCAUGUGGGAUGGAGAAACAGCUGUGUGUGAUAAUGGGGCUGGCCACUGCCCCAACCCAGGCAUUUCGCUGGGCGCGGUGCGGACAGGCUCCCGCUUUGGUCAUGGGGACAAGGUCCGCUAUCGCUGCUCCUCGAAUCUUGUGCUCACGGGGUCUGCAGAGCGGGAGUGCCAGGGCAACGGGGUCUGGAGUGGAACAGAGCCCAUCUGCCGCCAGCCCUACUCUUAUGACUUCCCUGAGGACGUGGCCCCUGCCCUGGGCACCUCCUUCUCCCACAUGCUUGGGGCCACCAAUCCCACCCAGAGGACAAAGGAAAGCCUGGGCCGUAAAAUCCAAAUCCAGCGCUCUGGGCACCUGAACCUCUACCUGCUCCUGGACUCUUCGCAGAGUGUGUCGGAAAAUGACUUUCUCAUCUUCAAGGAGAGCGCCUCCCUCAUGGUGGACCGGAUCUUCAGCUUUGAGAUCAAUGUGAGUGUUGCCAUUAUCACCUUUGCCUCAGAGCCCAAAGUCCUCAUGUCUGUCCUGAACGUGAACUCCCGGGAUAUAACUGAGGUGAUCAGCAGCCUGGAAAAUGCCAAAUACAAAGGUACGGGAAAGUCCAAUAUGGGUGGCUCUCCCAAAACAGCUGUUGACCAAAUCAGAGAGAUCCUGAAUAUCAACCAGAAGAGGAAUGACUAUCUGGACAUCUAUGCCAUCGGGGUGGGCAAGCUGGAUGUGGACUGGAGAGAACUGAAUGAGCUGGGGUCCAAGAAGGAUGGCGAGAGGCAUGCUUUCAUUCUGCAGGACACAAAGGCUCUGCACCAGGUCUUUGAACAUAUGCUGGAUGUCUCCAAGCUCACAGACACCAUCUGCGGGGUGGGGAACAUGUCAGCAAACGCCUCUGACCAAGAGAGGACACCCUGGCAUGUCACUAUUAAGCCCAAGAGCCAAGAGACCUGCCGGGGAGCCCUCAUCUCCGACCAAUGGGUCCUGACAGCGGCUCACUGCUUCCGCGAUGGCAACGACCACUCCCUAUGGAGGGUCAAUGUGGGAGACCCCAAAUCCCAGUGGGGCAAAGAAUUCCUUAUUGAGAAGGCAGUGAUUUCCCCAGGAUUUGAUGUCUUUGCCAAAAAGAACCAGGGAAUCCUGGAGUUCUAUGGUGAUGACAUCGCCCUGCUGAAGCUGGCCCAGAAAGUAAAGAUGUCCACCCAUGCCAGGCCCAUCUGCCUUCCCUGCACCAUGGAGGCCAAUCUGGCUCUGCGGAGACCUCAAGGCAGCACCUGUAGGGACCAUGAGCAUGAACUGCUGAACAAACAGAGUGUUCCUGCUCAUUUUGUCGCCUUGAAUGGGAGCAAACUGAACAUUAACCUUAAGAUGGGAGUGGAGUGGACAAGCUGUGCCGAGGUCGUCUCCCAAGAAAAAACCAUGUUCCCCAACUUGACAGAUGUCAGGGAGGUGGUGACAGACCAGUUUCUAUGCAGUGGGACCCAGGAGGAUGAGAGUCCCUGCAAGGGAGAAUCUGGGGGAGCAGUUUUCCUUGAGCGGAGAUUCAGGUUUUUUCAGGUGGGUCUGGUGAGCUGGGGUCUUUACAACCCCUGCCUUGGCUCUGCUGACAAAAACUCCCGCAAAAGGGCCCCUCGUAGCAAGGUCCCACCGCCACGAGACUUUCACAUCAAUCUCUUCCGCAUGCAGCCCUGGCUGAGGCAGCACCUGGGGGAUGUCCUGAAUUUUUUACCCCUUUAGUCAUGGCCACUGAGCCCUCUGCUGUCCUGUUAGAAUCUGCCCCCCCUCCAUCUUCUACCUCUGAAUGCCCACCCUUAGACCCUGUGACCCAUGCCGUCUCCUAGUUGAGUAAAUCCGGGUCUCUAGGAUGCCAGGGGCAGCGCACACAAGCUGGGAAAUCCUCAGGGCUCCUACCAGCGGGGUGCCUCGCUGCCCCACCUCCCCGCUCCUUGGCCUGUCCCCAAAUUCCUCCCCUGGUUGACUUGACUCAUGCUCAUUUCACUUUCAUAUGGAAUUUCCCAGUUAUGAAAUUAAUAAAAAUCAGUGGUUUCCACA